UAAUAUACAGAACACUGUGUGUUUCUCUCAUUUCAGGUGAUGGGUGCUGCCUUAUUGAAAAGCAUUGACUAUCUAUCUAAACAUAACGCGAACAAUUAGCUUGUCUUCGAAAUGGAUGUAAGCGCUAUAGAAAGAAAUUAUGAUUGCAACAAUGAUGAAAAAGGCGUAGACAAAUCUGCUGCGGCAAGUGCACAGCAAACUGACAGUGAUGAAGAUACGUGCGUCGAAGUUCUUCUUCCAGAUUCAGCAGAUGCAAUUCCGAUCUCACUGGAAGAUCUUCCCGUUUCAACGAAUAUUCCACAAAUUUCAAAAAUGCAGAAACAAAUGUCAUUACCAGAGACAUCACAGGAAGUACAAAUGUCACUGAUGUCAUAUACCUCUGACGUCAAUCAUUCAAGAUUUUUUCUAUCGCCUAACGCUAGCAGUAACACAUUAACUGGAAGUAUGUAUACGGCGUCGGAGGGAAUGCACUCGUCACGAUCGGGUAUGACGUCAUAUUCAGGCAAUACGGAUUUUUAUAUGACGCCAACCGUUGCGUCCUUUGCGAGUUUUCCACAAUCAGAUUUAUCUAGUUUAGACCAUUUAGUAUAUUAUUCCUGUCAUUCAAACAUGCGGUUAAUGCUAGAAAACGAAAACAACGAACAAAUUGAGUCUGAAUGUAAAGAUAAUGAAAUGAAUGAAACAAAGCUACGAGACCUUCAGUCGGUUAAUAAGGAAGCGUCAACGGGAAGUUUAAAAUCUAAAAUUCUUAAAGGAAUACACAAAAGACACAGCUCAAAAAAGAAGCCUUCUCAUGAACAUAAACAAAUUCAAAAUUCAGCCCCACCGUCUGUUCAACUGGUUGUGAAGACAGAUUUAGGACAAAAUCAGGUCACUUCAAAAGUGAUACAUGGAAUAUUAAAAUCAAGUGUUUCUAGUGAUUCUGACUCGGCCAAACAACAUGAAUCCGAUGAUAAACUUGGAGGAAAGAGGACCUUUUUAAUUGAAAAGGCUAAAAACAAAAUAAUUAUGCUGAAAGUGUUAAAAGAUGUAAAGUCACGUGGUUCAUUCCGUCCAAUCAGUGAAGAGUCAGCAAAACAAAGAGGUGAUGCAUCGCUUCUAAGUGACGAGUCAAGAACCGACCUGCCGACCGAAGAAUCAGAGGAACUGUCAACUAUAGAGCAGGCCCAAGAUUUAGGGUCUAAGAUACAGAGAGCACAACCUGAUUUUAUUAUACUUCAUUACAGUCCAUUCAAAGCUGUGUGGGAUUGGGUAGUUCUGAUUCUUGUUCUGUACACUGCCGUAUUUACGCCUUACCAAACUGCUUUUCUCCUAAACGAAGACGAAACAACGAUGCGUCUAAAUAGGGAUGCGGCUACGCGGAGCCAAAGCACAGACACGACUACGGCCAAUCCGCUAGUUAUCAUUGAUCUUAUAGUUGAUCUUAUGUUUAUAGCUGAUAUUCUCAUAAACUUCCGAACUACAUAUUUACACAAUGGAGAAGUAGUGAUGGAUCAGAAAAAGAUUGCUAUAAAUUAUGUGAAAGGUUGGUUCGUUAUUGACACAAUAGCGGCUAUUCCGUUUGAUCUACUGCUCUUUGGAUCGGGAACCACGGACACAAUGUGGAUUGCCGGCAUUCUAAAAACAGCCAGAUUGCUGCGUCUUCUGAGGGUGAUCCGCCGCAUAGAACAGUUUGCCGAAUAUGGAGCAGCCGUCCUUCUUCUAUUGAUGGUUACAUUUUCUCUCGUCGGCCAUUGGCUCGCUUGUAUAUUCUAUGCAAUCGCAUAUAUGGAGAGGCCACACCUUAAAGAGCCCAUUGGCUGGUUGGAUACACUAGCCGACCAAUUAAACCAGCCCUAUGUAGUCAAUGUGACCGAUAGUGGGCCGAGUAUAAAGACAAAAUAUAUUACGUCAUUGUAUUUCACAUUUACGUCAUUGACGAGUAUAGGUUUUGGAAAUGUAUCGCCGAAUACAAAUGCUGAGAAAAUCUUUUCAAUAUUUGCCAUGUUGUUAGGAUCAUUACUUAGCGCGGCAAUCUUUGGUAACGUAUCAUCCAUAAUGUUACGGAUAUAUCAAGGGUCAGACGAAUACCAUGAAAAAAUGCAGAGUAUAAAAGACUUCAUAAACUUCCAUCACCUUCCCAAACAUCUAGCGAAUCGUCUACAAGAGUCAUACCAACAUGCUUUGUCAUACACGAAAGGAAUUGAUAUGAAUUCGGUUUUAAAAAGUUUCCCAGAGUGCCUUCAAGCUGAUAUUUGUCUACAUCUGAAUCGAAAUCUGCUGAAUAAUUGCCCAGCCUUCCAGAAAGCGUCCACAGGUUGUUUACGGGCCUUAUCUUUGCAAUUUAAAUCAACACAUGCCCCGCCAGGAGAUACAUUGAUACAUCCAGGGGAUAUUUUAACAUCGAUCUACUUCAUGGCAAGAGGAUCGAUUGAAAUCCUGAAGGACAACACUGUAAUGGCAAUCUUAGGAAAGGAUGAUAUAUUUGGCGGGGACCUCAAGGACUUAGACUCCGCGGGGAAAUCACUUUAUUUUGUUCGCGCUUUAAGCUACUGUGAUAUAAACAAGAUUGAGUUGUCAGACUUAAAAGAAACCUUAAACUCGUACCCAGAAUUUGCCAGUGAAUUUAUGGCAAAAAUACAACUUACGUUCAAUCUAAAGCGGGGAACACUGUUUGAGACAAGAAAGAAAUCUAAAAUAGAUGAGGAGAAGUUGAGAUUUAUCAGACAAAAACGUCCACACAUGCAGUCGAAGGGAAAGCAGAUAGAUAUUGUUGAAGUUCCAACGAACAGUGCAGCCACACGAAGACGGAAACACAGCUCUUCACAAACCGAGAGUGAAAACGUUAUGUCAAAGACGCUUGAAAUAUCACCAGAACAAGCGUUCACUGACGUAGACAAGGAGUUUGAGGAUAGGCGAAAGCAGGCUUCUUCUCGAGAAGAAUCAUCUAUAUUAGAGGAUGUCCACGCUAUUCCACACAAGCAUCGAGAUAAACAGAAGUCAAAGACCAGUUAUUCAAGUCACACUCUAAAAGGUUCCUCUCCAGGGGCUUCAACGGGUAAAUAUUCAAAUCACGCUCUUAAAGGUUCUUCUCCAGGGGCUUCAACGGGUAAACAUUCAAGUCACGCUCUUAAAGUUCCUCUCCAGGGGCUUCAACGGGUAAACAUUCAAAUCACGCUCUUAAAGGUUCCUCUCCAGGGGCUUCAACGGGUGAAUAUUCAAGUCACACUCUUAAAGUUCCUCUCCAGGGGCUUCAACAGGUAA